CGAUAACUCUGAUAAGCAACCACCACUUCGCUUCAGUGGUGCUCUGCCGCUCUCGCUCUGUUUUGAUCCUUGUGCGUGCGUGCUGGGUUAAAAGAUGGAUUUGGUCUCUGGGAGAGUGAUUCAGGGGUGCUCGCCUUCCUGGAGAGGCAUCAAAACGCCGAGAUUUCCUCUCCUGCUUGGUUCUUGGGCUGCCGCCGGCAGCAGCGCGUUUCCUGGAUGCUCGUGCGCGCUAGCUGUUUGUAGAAAUGCCUCAGCGGUGGUGCCCUUUGCCAAGAAGAAGAGGAAGGGGUACAGUGUGGAGCCGCCUGAUGGAGAGGAAGAGAAAGAUGAUGUUCCUGAUGUGAUAGGGGGUGAGGUCGAGGAUGUUGAUGUCGAGGAGGAGGAGGUCGGCGAGGAGGACGCCGGCGAUGACGAUAUAGUGGAUGACGAUGACAGCGACAAUGAUGAUGACUAUGAUUUCGAAGAUGAAUUUGAGAGUGAUGAUGAACAAGACCUUUAUGUUGGAGAUGGAGGUGCUGGUGGUGGAGUGUCACUUGCUGGUACAUGGUGGGGCAAGGAAGCUUUGGCUUUGGCCGAGGAGGUUUCAGCUUCUUUCGAUGGCGACUUGAAGAUUUAUGCUUUCAAGGCAACUGCAAAUUUAGAAAUCAGAGUUCGCAUCGAGAAGAUGUCCACUAGGUAUGGUUCUCCGACUAUUGAUGACAUUGAAGCAUACACGAUUGCGUACCGUGCAAAGUUGGAUGAUGCAGAGUCAGCAGGCAGGAUACCAAAGAACGUAUCCUUGGAGGUGUCAUCCCCCGGUGUGGAGAGAGUCAUCCGUGUCCCGGGCGACCUUGAACGUUUCAAAGAACGGUCGAUGUAUGUCAGAUACGUUAUGACAAGCGAGGAUGCAGCCACGACCCAGGAAGGCGACGGCGUGUUCAGGCUCAUUUCCUACGACGUGGACCUGUGUGAGUGCACCUGGGGCAUAGCCGAUGUGAAGAUAAACCGGCAGCAGACCGGAAAGGGCAGGCCUCUGAGCAAGAAGCAGAGAGAAUGGCGUCUGCAGACGCCGUUCGAGUCGCUGAAGUUGGUCAGGGUGUACUCAGAAUGUUGAGCAGCUUCUUUGACUAAAUCAUUGUGUCCAUCUGAGGUAAUUUGUAGAGAACCUCGUCCAGUUUUGCUGAACUACCACUGAUAGUCAGUCCAGUGUGUGCACAGUAGCUAGAUUGUUGCACCAUUUGUUCAUAUCCGGUGGUGAGAUGAGUUCUUCUUCUACUUAACAGAUAACACCUGAACUGUCCUCAAGUUUUGCUCUCUUGUUUGACAUGCUCUUACACAGUUAUAUGGCAGCAUUCCCUGCAUGUAUUUACUUGA